AUGCACUCGCACUUGUCCGCCGCGCGGCGGAGUACCUGGAACGCACGCGCUGCGCAUCCGCGUGUCGUGCAGAUGGAGCUCAUGGCCCACCAGAUCACUUGUCAGGAGUACAGUGUGGACAUCCUGCGCCAUCUGAUCGACAUCGAGCAGCAGAGCAGGCCGUGCUUCGCCAGCUUCGAAGCGCAGCCCGAGAUCAGCGUGCAGAUGCGCUCGCUGAUCUUCGACUUCGUGAUGUGCUGUCACACGCGUCUCGGCCUGUCGUCGUCCACGUUGUUCCUGUGCUUCAACAUCAUCGACCGCUACUGCUCGCGGAUCAUCGUCAAAAGCGCGACCUACCAGCUCGUCGCGUUGUGCAGCUUGUGGCUCGCCUCCAAGUACACCGACAAAAAGCCUCGCAUCCCGUCGCUACGCGCUCUGCAGAGCCUCUGUUGCAACCAGUACAGCAAGCGCCAGUUCCAGGAUAUGGAGUUGCACAUCCUCAAGUCGCUGAACUGGAUGUCCUGCGUGGCUCCGCCGCAUGAUGCGUUUGUCGAUAUCUUGCUGAAAAAUAAGAUCAGCUCGCUCAGUUAUAAGGGCCUCAACUUGAACGACCUCAAGUACGGUGCUGUCGUGUUGUGCGAGCUCGCGUGCUUCGACCACGUGCUUGCCUUCGACUACAACGCAUCUGCAGUCGCGUUAGCGGCUGUCACGCUCAUCACGCAUGCGCUACGUUACACAGUAGACGGUCAGUUUUUGCAUUAUUCUGCGAUGCUGAAGGAUCUGAAUUUGCAACGUGUCUGUGAGCUGUUGCUUGCCAGAUUCCGGUCCCGCAGUUUCCCUUCGAGCUUCCGGCUCAAAUAUAUGUCUCAGGGCAAGCUCGAGUCCAACCCGAUUCUUUAUAGCCUUCUAAGAUAUGACGCAGAACUCUCUCCGGGCCAGUCCUCGAGCAGCGAACCACCCGGUUCUUCCGUGACGUCCUGGGGUCCAAGCAUUUCCAGAACACCUUCCAUUACAGUGCCACCUACCCCAUCCACCCCAUCCACUGCAGCGCUAGCCGCGCUGAAUGCAUCGGGUGCCACUAAAAAGAUGACAACUGCAGCCACGCCGACCUCGUGUGUUACCUCUCCUAUUGAGUUCUCUGGCAUCUCUAAUAUUACACGUCCAGCGAUGUUCAAAAGGCAACAUGCAAAGCGUGACUCCUCCGUUAUGGAAGCAGAUUUCUUUGACGCAACUACGGUCACUUGCAAGCGCAUACAUUAG